AUGGACAGCCCCACCAUCAAAAGCCUGCUGCCUGACCUGGUCCAGGAAGCCGAGGAAGAUGGCAACGCAGGCUUACAACAAAGACUCCAUUGGAAUGAGAAGGUGGAUCUUCCUCAGGUGACCUUGAAGUCCACCCUUGUGGGUUUGCUUAUCGGAACGGUGGUGCUCAUAUCAAACUUUCAGUUUGGGCUCCAAACAGGCUGGGUUUCUAUGAUGUCGCUCCCGUCGGCAUUACUUGGAUUUACGAUAUUCAGGUGCUCGCCAAUGGCCAAGCGGUUUACGGAUGUGGAAAAUGUUUAUAUCCAAAGUGUGGCUGUUGCAGUCGGCACUGGUCCUUUGGCUUAUGGUUUGGUUGGUAUAGUGCCAGCCAUAGAGAAAUUCCUUACUGAAGAGGAGAGCGGAACAGGUUCAAAAAUAGUUCUUUCGCUUUCCCAGUUGAUGGUCUGGUCGCUAGGGUUGGCGCUUUUUGGCGUCUUCUUUGCUGUACCACUCCGGAAGCAAGUCAUCAUCAAGGAAAAGCUCCCAUUUCCUUCAGGCAGUGCCACGGCAACGCUUAUUCUGGUUUUGCAUGGUACUGAGUUAUACAGCGAAAAGAAGGAGCCAGAGGAAACAGACGCUACAGACUCUGACUCUUCAAUAGAGUACCCCCACGGAGGUGUCAUCAGACCUUCCGACUCCAAUGGCAUCAAGCUCGCUCUGACAGAGGAAACAUACAACACAAACAUCAGAUUUCUCGUCAUCACAUUCAUUGUCUCGGCAUUCUACACUCUAGCAUCCUACUUUGUCCCUGUGCUCAAGAUGCUCCCGAUCUUUGGUCACAAACUUUCAAAUGUGUACCAAUGGAACUUCCAGCCUUCUCCUGCUUACAUUGGUCAAGGCAUCAUCAUGGGACUCCCGUCAGUUUCAUACAUGUUAUUCGGAGCAAUUUUAGGCUGGGGAGUCCUUGCACCAAUGUCUAAAUAUCUUGGUUGGGCUCCGGGGCCAAUUGAUGAUUGGGUAACAGGCGGACAAGGCUGGAUUCUUUGGUUGAGUUUGAGUGUCAUGAUUGCCGACUCGUUGGUAUCAUUUGCCGUGGUGACAUACAAAUCGUUGCAUUCUGGAGUGUCUAGCUUGAUUGUUCGUUCUUCCUCAGAAGUACACCAACGUUUGCUAGGCGGCUCUUCCACAAACUACAGUUCUUUGGAAGCUGAGAGCGAUGCUGUUUCAGAGCAAAGCUCCUUCACCGAUCUUCUGCCUGAGCAUUUAAUUAGCAACAAGGUAACAGUCGUUGGUGUUAUCGUUUCCUCCAUAAUAUGCAUGUGGGCUAUCAAUUUCGUUUUUGGCUCUCUCGUUCCUCAUUACGCCACGUUCAUUGCCAUUGUAUUGGCUCUCUUUUUCUCCAUUCUCGGCGUUCGUGCCUUGGGAGAAACUGACCUCAAUCCUGUCAGUGGAAUCGGAAAACUAUCACAGCUUAUCUUCGCCACAAUCAUUCCUCAUAACCAUCCAGCACGCAUUCUCAUCAAUCUCAUCGCAGGAGGUAUAGCUGAAGCUGGCGCUCAACAGGCUGGUGAUUUAAUGCAAGAUCUCAAAACAGGACAUUUACUUGGUGCUUCACCAAAAGCUCAAUUCACCGCCCAGUUGAUUGGCACGAUCUACUCGGUGUUUGUGAGCUCCAUCAUGUACAAGGUGUACAACUCAGUCUAUGAAAUUCCUAGCCAGAUGUUCAGAAUACCUACUGCGGUGGUCUGGAUCGAUUGUUCCAGGCUUGUCACAGGAGAGGGUCUUCCGCCUCAUGCCUUCGAAUUUUGUGUGCUUUUUGCCGUCGUUUUCGGUAUCAUUUCCGCUGUGAAGAAUAUCGUUCCCUCCAGUCACAAAUACCACAAAUAUUUGGUGUACUUGCCAAAUGGAGUGGCGGUUGGAAUCGGGAUUUACAACACCCCAAACUUCACAUUGGCUAGGUUCCUUGGUGGACUUAUCGCUUAUGUCUGGAUGCAGCGUGCUGGUAAACGUAAGGACGAGAAGGUGAAGAUGGUCAUUUUCAGCAGUGGACUUGUUCUUGGAGAGGGUUUACUCAGUGGGUUUACAAUGUUGUUGACAAGCUUGAGAGUGCCCCAUCUUUAG